UUGACCAGGAAGAACUUUACCGGAGCCGUGAAUGUCUCUGCCCUGACUUCACCCUCCAAACUAUGCGGUCUUGUCUAAUCCACAGCGGAGCUCAGACGGUUCUAUGAGUCCCACCAUGAACACGUCCUCAGUGUCUCUGCUCCAGCUCUCCUGGACCGGGCUCAGACUGUAUGCAUCUAAAGGCCAUCGCUCCGGAGCCCUGAGCCUGAUGGCAGCAGCUUCCACCCGUCUUCCACACACCUUACCCUGUAGACGCUCCUUAUCCAACGUCAAAGUGCGCUCCUACCUGCAGUACGUCAAACGCAAGAUCAUAUCCCCCCCCAGUCCUCCGUACAGCCAUGUGUGUCAGGUAGGAGACCCGGUGCUGCGUUCACAUGCAGCUGCUGUGGACCCUUCAGCUGUAACGGGACCUGAGAUCCAGCGUGUCAUUAAAACUAUGGUGGCAGUAAUGAGGAAGCUUGAGUGCGUGGGACUGAGUGCGCCUCAAAUUGGCGUGCCACUCCGGAUCCUGGCUCUGGAAUAUCCCCAAAAAAUGUUUGAAGAGAGCUCGCCUGCCACGAGGGAGGUCCGCGGUCUCUCCGUCCAGCCCCUAAGGAUCUUUGUGAACCCACAGCUGAGGGUGCUGGAUGGUCGGACGGUGCUGUUUCAGGAGGCCUGUGAGAGCAUCUCGGGCUUCUCUGCCACGGUUCCCCGCUACCUGUCUGUGGAAGUGUCUGGUCUCAAUGAAAAUGGCGAAGCUGUAACGUGGCAGGCUAGUGGCUGGUCGGCCCGGAUCGUCCAGCACGAGAUGGACCACCUGGACGGCGUCCUCUACGUCGACCGCAUGGACACAAAGACCUUCAUUAAUAUCAACUGGCAGGCACACAACGAAUAGAGUGAACACCUGCUCAGGGCAGACUGGCUAACUGGCGAUGCACAUGUGAAUGUGUCUUCUGGUUUCUGUGGACCACAGAUCUGUACUUUGACAAUAAAUGCUGAAAGGAUGCAGAAUGCAUCUUUAAA